AUGGCUCGUACAAAGCAGACCGCUCGUAAGUCUACCGGUGGCAAGGCGCCCCGCAAACAGCUCGCUACGAAGGCUGCCCGCAAGAGCGCGCCGGCUACCGGCGGCGUGAAGAAGCCUCACCGCUACCGGCCCGGCACCGUGGCCCUGCGGGAGAUCCGCCGCUAUCAGAAGUCCACCGAGCUGCUGAUCCGCAAACUGCCUUUCCAGCGGCUGGUGCGCGAGAUCGCCCAGGACUUCAAGACCGACCUGCGCUUCCAGAGCUCGGCCGUGAUGGCCUUGCAGGAGGCCAGCGAAGCCUACCUGGUCGGGCUGUUUGAGGACACCAACCUGUGCGCCAUCCUCGCCAUGUCUGGGCGAGGUAAAGGAGGCAAAGGUCUGGGGAAAGGAGGCGCCAAGCGGCAUAGGAAAGUGCUGCGAGAUAAUAUCCAGGGCAUCACUAAGCCUGCCAUUCGUCGUCUUGCUCGGCGCGGCGGCGUCAAGCGGAUCUCGGGGCUCAUCUAUGAGGAAACCCGUGGAGUGCUCAAGGUGUUCUUGGAGAAUGUUAUCCGGGAUGCGGUGACCUACACGGAGCACGCCAAGAGGAAGACCGUGACUGCUAUGGACGUGGUGUAUGCCCUCAAACGCCAGGGCCGCACGCUGUAUGGUUUCGGUGGUUGAAUUCUAGGCCCGUCUUUACAUCAGUU